AUGCUGGUGCGUUUUAUUCGAAGUGAUAUAGGAGAUGAGCAAGACGCCUCUUUCUGGUUUAACUCCUGGAUUGAGUUCGGCCCCAUAAUCUCGUAUUUUGGUCACUCUGGUCCGAGGCAGUUGCGGAUCCCACUGGAUGCUAAGGUUAUUCAAGCCACUUCCAUUGGAGAAUGGAGACUUCUUGCAGCGCGAUCCGAUCAGGCUCAGAAUCUGCAGAUUAUCCUUACCUCUAUGACAUCUCCUCAGGUGUCUAAAGGAACUGAUGUAUUCAUCUGGCAGAAUGCAGCCAGAACCUAUGCGCCUAGUUUUUCAUCCAAAGCUACUUGGGAGCAGCAACGUGCCCAUGUGCCGAUUGUUUUCUGGCAUAAGCUGAUUUGGUUUAAAGAAGCAAUCCCUAGAUGCUCCUUUAUCACUUGGUUGGUCAUGUUAAAAAGGCUUCCAACCGAACACAGGCUUCGUAGCUGGGGUCUAAAUGUUGCCGGUCAGUGUGUUCUAUGCUCUUCGGGCUUAGAGACACAUGACCAUUAG